CCCGGACUAUGAGGAGCGGGACCGGGCGGGGGGCGGCGGCAGCGGCGGCGGCGGCCCCGGUGCGGCGGGAGCGGGAGUGGGAGCGGGAGCGGGGACGGCUCCGCCGCCGGCCGGGUCAUGCCCGUGCGCCCGGGGCGGCGGGGCUGCGGGCUGCGGCGAGAUGGGCGCGCUCCGGGCCGGUGCCCUCGCCUUCCUCCUCCUCCUCCUCCUCGGCUGCCUCCUGCCCCGGCGCGGCCCGCUCAGGCUGGUCUCAGGGCGGGAGGAGAUUAAAGCUGCUUCCCGAAGCUCACCCCAGCCCAUGUCACCCUCUGAUUUCCUGGACAAGCUUAUGGGACGAACAUCAGGGUACGAUGCCCGCAUUCGACCCAACUUCAAAGGUCCACCCGUCAACGUGACGUGCAACAUCUUCAUCAAUAGCUUUGGCUCCGUCACCGAGACCACAAUGGACUACCGGGUGAACGUGUUCCUGCGGCAGCAGUGGAACGACCCCCGCCUGGCCUACCGCGAGUACCCCGACGACUCCCUCGACCUUGACCCCUCCAUGCUCGACUCCAUCUGGAAGCCAGACCUGUUCUUUGCCAACGAGAAAGGGGCCAAUUUCCACGAGGUCACCACCGACAACAAGCUGCUGCGCAUCUUCAAGAAUGGCAAUGUGCUCUACAGCAUUAGGCUGACACUGAUCCUGUCCUGCCCCAUGGACCUCAAGAACUUCCCCAUGGACAUCCAGACAUGCACCAUGCAGCUGGAGAGCUUUGGCUACACCAUGAACGACCUCAUCUUUGAGUGGCUGGAGGAACAGGAGGCUGUGCAGGUGGCAGAGGGCUUGACACUCCCACAGUUCAUCCUCAGGGAUGAGAAGGACCUGGGCUAUUGCACCAAGUACUACAACACAGGCAAGUUCACCUGCAUUGAGGUGAAGUUCCACCUGGAGAGGCAGAUGGGUUACUACCUGAUCCAGAUGUACAUCCCCAGCCUGCUCAUUGUCAUCCUCUCCUGGGUCUCCUUCUGGAUCAACAUGGAUGCAGCGCCAGCCCGAGUGGGUUUGGGCAUCACCACGGUUCUCACCAUGACCACGCAGAGCGCUGGCUCCCGGGCCUCCCUGCCCAAGGUGUCCUACGUGAAGGCCAUUGACAUCUGGAUGGCUGUGUGCCUGCUCUUCGUCUUUGCUGCCCUGUUGGAAUACGCAGCCGUCAACUUUGUCUCCCGCCAGCACAAGGAGUUCAUGCGCCUGCGCCGCCGCCAGCGCCGCCAGAGGAUGGGCCUGAGCAGCGGGACGGCCAGCCUGGAGUCCCUGCGGCAGCUGAGCAGCCGGCACAGCAGCGAGCACACCUACGCGACGCUCUCGCAGCUCUCCAGCUCCCGGGAGGAAGAGCUUGUCCGCGAGAGCCGCUUCUACCUGCGAGGCUACGGGCUGGGCCACUGCCUGCAGCCCAAGGACGGGGCUGGGGAGGGCCCCAGCAUGUACAGCCCCGCUCCAGCCACUCCAGCCACGCUGCUGCGGGAGGGGGAGGCCCUCCACAGGCGCUACAUCGACAGGGCCAAGCGCAUCGACACCAUCUCCCGAGCUGUCUUCCCCUUCACCUUCCUGGUCUUCAAUAUCUUCUACUGGGUCGUUUACAAAGUGCUGCGCUCGGAGGACAUCCACCUGGUGCCCUGAGGCCUGGGAAAGUACGACUGCCUGUCUGUCUGACCCCCCCAGUGUGCCCGGGCAACGCAAGCUCAGCCAGAACUGCAUUUCCCUCUGUCCCGGAGCAGCGGCUCAGCUGGGCUGGGCUUCAGAGCCUGGACAUGUGGCAGCCCAUUCCCCACUGGAUCCCAGGGCACCAAGCGGGGGGAUCAACAACCACAGGUCCCCACAGUCAGCUGGAGAGAGGGACCCUUCCUACUUCCUGCAUGGUGUCACCCCCAGGUACCCAGGGACGCUGAUCUGCUGGGGGAGCCCCAGGUACCCAGGGAUGCUGUGCUGUCAGGGCACAGGGGAACAAGUACUACCCAGGAAUGCAGUGCUGGGUGGCACAGGGGAGCCCCUGGUACUCUGGCAUGCUGCACAGACAGUGGCCAAAGAACAUCACCUUCCAGAAGAAUACUCUCCCCCUCCACACCUACCCAGUUAGGCUAUGGCUUCUCCAGGCUGCAUCAUGGAGCUGAGAGCCACGAGCAGCGAGGGGAGAGGCUGCAAUUCUCUCUUCUCUAGC